AACCAGAACAAAAGAGAAAGAGAGAUAGAGAAAUAAAAAGAAAAUUGAAGAAGAAAAUGGAGAAGAACAAUGAUCAUCACAAGGCUAGCCACGGCGGAUCCGAUGGUGCCGCGACGGAGAAGUGUGAAGAGGUUAGUCCCGGAAUCCGAACAGCUGAGACAAUGCUCCGGUUAGCUCCGGUAGGGCUUUGUGUUGCGGCGCUUGUUGUCAUGCUUAAAGACUCUCAGACUAAUGAGUUCGGCUCCAUUUCUUACUCCAAUCUCUCAGCUUUCAGGUACUUGGUGCACGCAAAUGGAAUAUGUGCAGGCUACUCUCUUCUCUCAGCAGCCAUUGCAGCCAUGCCAGCUGGUUCUUCAUCCACAAUGACUCGUGUUUGGACCUUCUUCUGUCUCGACCAGAUUCUGACCUAUGUGGUUCUUGCUGCUGGAGCCGUGUCUACCGAAGUUCUCUACUUAGCCUACAAAGGAGACGACUCCAUUACUUGGAGCGAUGCGUGCAGUUCCUUUGGCAGUUUCUGCCAUAGAGCUACUGCUGCUGUUGUAAUCACAUUCGUCGUGGUUUGCUUCUAUGUCGUUCUCUCUCUCAUCUCUUCUUAUAAGCUCUUUACUCGCUUUGAUCCUCCAACCAUCGUUGACUCUACCAAGAACGUCGAAACCGCUGUCUUUGGAAGUUGAUCGAUCCGUAGCAUUUAAAGUACAUUUGUCUAAUUUGUCAUAAUUUCCACUUUUAACUUUGAUCAAGGGAAAGAAUGGUUUUAUGUUUGGUCUUUUUACUGUGCUUUCAUCCUUUUUACGACCCUACUCCCUUUUUAGUGGGCAUGGUUAAAAUUCAA